GAGAGAGAGAGAGUCGACACUAACACAAACACACAGACAGUCAGACACAGUGUGUGUUCACACAACACAAAUGGCGCCCAUAGACCCGAACCAAUUGUUGGCCGCCUUUGCUCCGCUAUUGACGCCAACGGGUGGCAUAAAAAAUGCAUCGGAAGUUCCCCGACUAUCGAGUUUAAUGAAAAAGUUUUCCCGCAAACUGGUCUCGCGAUGCGUCUAUUGUAAUGUAUUGAUGGCCACCGAUGAAGAUAUACUUGAAGAAUUUCUAAAGUCCGGCGGAUGGGAGACAAUACACCUGUGGAUCAAAUCGGCCAAAGACGGCGGCAAUAAACCAUUUCUCAAUGAACUAAUGAAUCUGUUGGCAAAGUUGCCGAUGACUGUCGACCGACUCAAAGAAAACGAUUCGCCAAAAUUGAUCAACAAGUUGGCCAAACUGUCGACAACCAAUUGUCCGAUACUCGCUGGCAAAGCCCAACAUUUGGUGGACAAAUGGAAAGUGAUUAUCACUGGCGAGCCGUCGUCGUCGUCAGCAAAAGAUAAUCACAAAAGUAAGGAAAAGAAGCGAAAGAGUGGCGAAUCAAAUAGCGAUUCAACAAAAAAGUCUAAGAAAACAUCAAUAGACGAUUCAAGUCUCGGUGAGACCAGCGGCGGUAGUAAUGAUGGCCUCAGCAGUAGUAGUGGUGGCGGCGGCGGUAUUGCUGUCAUCAAAGAUGACUCUAAUAACAAAUUUGAACGAACACCGCGGCCGACGACCGCUAAAGUAAAGCCAGGAAAGUCGCGAUUGGGUGGACUCGUUAAUACUAUUACUACACCCUCUUCAUCAUCAUCGCCGACCACCACCACGACUAGCGCUCAAAUCAAUGCCAAAGCCGGUAAACAUCGUAAAGAAUCUGCAAAUAUAGACAACAAGAAGUUGUCGUCGUCGCCACUGAUGACUAUCAGUUCCAGUAGUAGUAAAUCUCAAAACUUUAACAACAAUAAUAACAGCAGCAAUAGUAGCGAAUCUUUAGAUAUUAUUAGCGGUAUUAUCAGUAGUAGUACUACAAUGAUGCCAAUCAUCAAAAGUCAAACUAUCGACUCGGCUUUAUCUACCGCCACCACCACUACCACAACUACUGGCACUGCUGCUGCUACGGCAGCCGUACCUACACCAGCACCGGCUCCUCCCAUACCAUCCAAACCUCAUAUACUUCACGAUUCAACCAGUUUUAUGGACGCACUGACAGCUCCGCCGACUAUCGCACAGACAAAGAAGAAACGGCGAACCAGUUCGUCGGUUGCAAACAAUAAUAUUAGCACUAAAGAUACAAUGAAUAAUGACUUGUUGUUGUCGUCGACGACGACAAUAAAUAAUUCAUUAACCAAUAAUAGCUCUUCUUCUAGUCCACCCAAAGUUUCUUCUUCUUCUUCUGUUUCUUCACCACCGAAACCGUUUUCCUUUUAUAAAGACAUUAUUGACGAAAAAGUUGCCGACAAUUAUAGUAAUAGCGGUGAUAUCGAUACUAUGAAUGACUAUCAAACUGUCGAAACUAAUAGUAGUAGUAGUAGUGAUCAGCAAACCAUUGAUAGGUUGUCCUCCACUUCUGCCAGUGACGGUAUGGAUGUGGACAUCAAUAUAGAUAUCAAACUUAGCGCUGAUCUACCAUUGAGUAGCCCAUUGUCUGUGAUUCCCUCAAACAAUACUAGUUAUAAUAACAAUAAAUAUAAAUCAAUUUUAUGUUAUGUUAAGCGUGGCGUCAAAAAGUCUGUUAGAUGGGUUGACGAGACAAGCAAAAAGAAUCUGGAAGUUGUCCGCUAUUUUGAAUUGGACGAAACGGAACGAUGCAACGUUACCCGACCGGCUACCGGUGCCGGCAGUUUCAACGAUGCCAAACGAUUCGAUAUGAAACACGAAGCCGAACUUAUGUUGCUGGCCAGACGCGGCGGCCCUGGCAGUGGUGGUGGCGGCAGCAAUAACUAUGAUCUGGCCGACGAUCACUCGUCCCGCGUCCAGACAAUCGGUUUGUGGCGACUGAUUCCGUGCGACGGCGACACCUAUGCCAUCGAAUACGGCAAAGAUUCGAAGGAGCGGCUAAUCCAAGAGCAGAAACAAAGGACAUCGUUGCCGAUAAUCUAUAUGAAAGGCCAGACACCCGAUUCGGCUCAGGAACCGGAUCAUGAAAUUUUUAUCGAAUCGGAACCGGCAAAAGUGAUACCACUGGAGGACGACAACAAUCCGAACAAUUGUUACGAUUUUUCCAACAAUGAUUUGCCUCAACCGAAAACCGGCGAACAAUUGCCGGCCCGAGUGACUGUUCCCGAAUUUGUGCCGGUGAACAACAUCAAUAUGACACCACAAUUUCCCGGACCAGCAGUAGGUGUAGGUGGAGGAGGAGGACCUCCCGGCGGUAUUCCGCCGUUUGGUGGCCAACAAAUGAUGCCGCCGUUUGGCGGUCAGCCAAUGAUGCCGCCACCUGCCGACCAGUUUGGCCGAAAUAUGUCGUCAGGUCCACCACCGCCUGGUCAGCCAUAUUUCAACAACGGUCCGCCGCCGCCGCCAUUCCAACAGUGGCCUCCCGAUGGCGGGCCGCCGCCGAUGUCCCAAUCGGGUCCGCCGCCGCCAAACUUUGGCCCACCAUUUCCCGGUCCUCGCGGAAUGGGUGGCCCGCGAACGCCACGACUGCCCCGUAACGCCCAGAACACUGUUUGCAAACACUUUGCCCGGACCGGGAAGUGUCGGUUUCAGCCGAGAUGUAGUUUUUUGCAUAUAAACAAUAAUGACAGAUGAGGUUUAAAAUGACUUAUAAUUACCGAUAGAUUGAUAUAUAUAUAUAUAUACACAUUAUGUAUAUAUAUAUAUAUAUAUACAGUACAUAUAAAUAUAUAUUUAGUA